AUGAGAAAGAGGGAUACCCAGGCUGUUUUCCAAUCAGCCACUGGCACUCCCACCGAUAUGAAUCAAUUGUGCACCUGUUACCUCGGGAUAUUCUUUGCAAUUCGGUCUUUUGCAUCAAUGCCUGCAGAAGCGUUCAAGAAGCACGAAGUGGUUCCAGACGUGUUGGCUACGGCUCCAACAAAAGUCGUCAAAGCAAGCUAUGACAGUGGCGCUGAGGUGAAUCUGAAAUGUUACGCCAACGAGUAA